GCAGCACCCGUACUCACGAUGUUUUACAAAUAUUUUGUGGUUUUGUUUCUCAUCGGAUUAUCAUACGGCCAGCCACUUUACUUAAAUGUUACAGAGUACUUCCGUAUGCCGCCGCUGUUUGAACUGGAUAACUAUGAAAAAUGCAUGGCCAGCGAAGACGGUAUGUUUUGUGUUGUUGCUGUGGAUGUCAUAACAGAGCCUGAUAAUGACGUAACAAAUAUCAUCACAAAGUAUUCCGCAAAUAGGCUGAAACGAUUUAACCACUCAAACAUAGAACGAGGGAUCUGUGUCACGAGUAGUUGCAGAAGACAAAACAUUCACAAUUUAACCAUGGAGGACCUAAAGAUAGUCCUUUCGGAAUGUAUUAAUAAAACUAUUUACAAUGAAUAUAAAGUAGAAACAAAACUAUCAAGAAUAAACUAUUGCCAUAAUUCUAAACGACGACUUGAUCAAGAUUUUGAUAAUGGAGAUCAAAUAUUUGCAAUUGCUGUUUUCAUAAUAGUACUGCUCAAUAUUAUUGGCACAUGGUAUGACGCUCGGUUGACAAGAACGAAUGAAAGUAAAGGUAAUCCACAUUUACUAUGUUUUUCGAUCAUCAAGAAUUGGAGCAAGUAUAUCUCAAACGAGCAUAAAGAUCCUAGAUUUAAAAGUUUUCAAGGUCUACACGCAAUAAAAACUAUAUUAACAUUCUUAAUAGUCAUGGUGCAUGUGUUGUGGCUGUAUCCAUUCACCUUUGUCGACAAUCCUCGAGAUCUUGAACUGAAUUAUGACAAGCUGUCUUACCAAAUGUUGUUCAACGGAGCUUCUCUGAUGCAAGUCUACUUUAUGAUGUCAGGAUGUCUCCUGGUGCAUUCGCUGAAAAUAUCUGGGGAACAUCAUGCUGAGACCUGGACAAUGUUCCCAUUGAUAAUAAUCUAUAGAUUAGGAAGGGUUCUGCCCGCAAUAAUGAUGAUCCUCGGUUUCACGACAACGUGGUUUCGCCACCUCGGCAAUGGGCCACUUUGGAACUACUACGUUAGCCCGGCCGUCAGCGACUGUCGUCAAUACUGGUGGUCACAUCUACUAUUCGUGAACAUUUUGCUGCCAGAUACGGAAAACAGGGCCUGCAUAUUGCAAUCUUGGCACAUCUCGGCGGAAAUCCACUUAUUUACCAUUAGUUUGUUCAUCUAUCUGGCCACCAGGAAACGAUUCAGGAGUCUUGCAUUUACCAUCAUGUUCCUCAUCGGGUUAGUUGGACCAGCUCUACAUGUGUGGUUCAAGGAUGUUGAAGCAACUCUUUUGAUUUAUCCAGAAUUUAUUCGAAAACUGAUGAGUGAUGAGUUUCGUAAUGUACAUUCUAAGCCUUACAACAACAUGUCAGCUUACGUUAUAGGAAUGUGUUUGGGACUCUAUAUCUACGAAGCACAACGAAGUAAUAAAAAGUUUAAUAAAAGCAAGCUUUUGUCUGUGUUAACGUUGAUGGUGAUACCUACUACAUUCCUAUUGUUCAGUUCUUCUGGAUACUACUUUUUCGCAAGAAAUGGGCAAUCUCCUAUUCUCGGCAGAAUGAUAUAUGCUGCAGCACAUAGACCCGCACUUGCCCUUGUAUAUGCGUUCCUUGUCCUGAGUUUAGUUUUUGAUUUUAACAAUUUUUUAAGCACUUUUGCAAACUGGAGUGCUUGGCGUCUACCGAGCAGACUUACCUACAUGGUGUAUAUCGUACAUAUCACCGUCAUACAAUAUCUACUCGGGAGUAGGACUCAACUGGACCACGUUGCCUUCAUGAACAUAGUAAUGAGUGUUGUGGGGGUGUCAUGUAUAUCCUUCCUGUUAGCUCUACCUCUGUAUCUACUCCUCGAGGCACCAUUUACUAAUCUUGUAAAGACUUUAGCUAUUGGAGAUCAUUCGUUGUCAUCGACAAAACAGGACUCAAAAAAGGAGUAGAUCUUAAAUCAGUAUUAACCGAUUAUUUAUGGUAUUAAUGUGGGGUACAGCGCGAUGAAUUAUAUUGAAGAAGACUGAAAAAAACAUGCAACGUCAACCAGGGUCAUAGGCAGACUCCAGAAAUUGUAACAACUUUUUGGGGCAUUUGAAUUAAGUAUUAUUUGAAUUUUGGUUGAUUUUAAUUUAUUUUGUAUAAAUAAUUAUUUAAAUAUAAAUUAAAAGAGUUGGGAAAUAAAA